AUGUCCGAGCUGAGCAGCUUAUCGUCCCUCGGCCUGUAUCCUUUGGACGUCGGCGUCGGCGUCGGCGCCGUCGAGCCGAUUCCUAUGACGGGCCGAGGUGGUGCGAUGGUCAUGAGAAGUCUCUCCGUCUUCCUGACGUACGGCCGCAAAGCUCGGAGCGGUCUCGAAAAGGAUCGAGGAAAUUCGGCGGAUUCGUAUUGCGAGGACCAGAUCCUGAAGAGCAUGCCCGAAGGACCAAACGGGAGGAACGCCGUGCCAAGCGCGAAGCUUUUCGAGUACUUAAAGCGCAGGACUAAGUUCUCCAGGUCGGAGCUCGAGGCUCUCUGCAAGAUUUACAAGAAACUGACAACCGGUCAACAAUUCGGAGCAUCCUCAACGACGGGCGACAUUUCGGCACCUGUGCAGGGAAUCGACAGGGCAAUAUUUCGCGAAUUGUUGCACAACACGUUCGACAUCCUGACGGAAGAUAUGAUCGUCGAGAGGAUGUUCUGCUGUUGGGAUAAGGAUAACGAUGGAUUCGUUAGCCUCGAGUCCUGGAUUUUCGGACUGAACGUGUUUCUUCGAGGAACCCUGCGCGAGAAAACGGAAUUCUGCUUCAAGGUCUACGACUUGAAUAACGACGGAUUCAUCAGCAAGGACGAGAUCUUCCAAUUUUUUAAGGAUUGUCUGAUCAAGCAACCCGGAGAUGAAGACCCUGAAGAGGGCGUCAGAGACUUGUCUGAAAUGGUUCUAAAAAAAUUGGACGUCGAUCGCGACGGAAAGGUCUCAUUCCGUGAUUAUGAAACCGCGAUAAAAAAAGAGCCCCUUCUUUUGGAAGCUUUCGGGACGUGUCUUCCGACGCAAGAAAACUGCACGGCUUUUCUGACGACCUUGCAGACAUAAACCAAAUACGUUGCAAUAUGCACUCUUCGAAAUGGGCAUAUUAAAAUCAGUGAACAACGAUCUGCUCGUUUUCGAGUCGAAGUUUAUUAAGAUCGAGCUCGAAUUAAUUCUCACGUUGCAAUGACGUUAUCAUCAAACAACUUCAUCCUAUCGCACUUAUCAGGAAACUCGUUGAAGUUUUUUAGCACUUGUUUACGCUCCGGCAUUUUGAUGCAAUCGUUUCGCCGACCCCAAUGAAAAUUCUGAGAGAUAAUAACUCGAUGAUUACACCCACACUGAUUGUAAUGAAUUUU